ACGAAAAGAAAGGGAGGGUGGUGUAUUACAAUUACAAGUGGGAAGCUCUCAAGUUCUGUUGCUGCCCAAAUUCGGAGGCUCGGCAUUUUCCAGAGAAGUUCCAAAAGAACCUUUUUUUUCUUCUUGAUCUCAGGCAUGGCAGGGAGAAACCGUAUGCCUCGUCAUCCUGUUAAUGAUGGUUUCCGAGGCUUUCAUGAUGGCCCUCGGCCUCUUUUGAAUCGAGGACCUGGUCCCCUGCCUCUUCACCCUGCAGCUCUGGAGGAGGAACUUGAAAUCCAACAUGAAGAUAUUCGGAGACUUCUUAUCGAGAACCAGCAUGUUGCUGAUGAUAAUAUUAUUCUACAGAGGGAGCUGACUGCUGCAAAGGAUGAGAUUCACAGACUGAACCAGGUCAUACCCAAACUUCGUGCUGACAAAGAGGCACAAGCUAGGGAACUUAUUGAGAGAGGGUUGAAGCUAGAAUCUGAGCUCCGUGCUGCUGAGCCUUUGAAGGUGGAGGUUCUGCAGUUAAGAGAAGAGACUCAGAAACUGAAUGCUUUGCGCCAGGAUCUUACUGCCCAGGUUCAGGGUUUCACCAAGGAUCUGGCUCAACUGCAAGCUGAAAAUAAGCAACUACAUGUCAUGAGGGCUGACAUUGAUGGUUUACGUCAAGAGCUAGUAAGAGCCAGAACGGCUUUUGAAUAUGAGAAGAAAGCAAAUGAGGAGCAAGUAGAACAGAAGCAAGCAAUGGAGAAGAACCUUGUUUCCAUGGCUCGUGAAAUUGAGAAACUCCGAGCGGAGCAUCUGAACGCAGAGAAGAGAGCAAGGGGUCUUGGUGGCAUGAGCUAUGGAAUGUUGAAGACAAGCUCCGAAUUGGGAUACCCAGGUGGUGCAUAUGGUGAUACUUAUGGUGGAGCAUGGGGCCCUUAUGAUACACGCGGCUCUACCCGACGCUGAAAUCUUUUUUGAGUAUAUAUGUUCUGGUUGGGUUCACAUUGAGGGAACUGGUUUUAGACUUUUAGUUUUAGUUUCUUGUUUGGUUAAGACGGCAAUUUUCUUGGGUGAGCAAGGAAUAUAAGAGAAGUCGGAUACUUUGCUUUCGCUUUUAUCUAAUCAUAUUGUUCUUUCUUUCCUA